UGUCUUACUUACACUUGCUCACUCGUGCCCUUUCACGCAGACAGAGACCCACCACGCUCACCAACGACUAGCGCCAAGCCAAGCGAAGACACACCAUGGCUCCUAUGAAACUGUCGAUAUCAUUCAUUGCCGUGCUCAUCGCCGUCUUCGACGGCGUGGAUGGCUUCGUGGGACCGGUGCCUGUUGGCACGAGGACUCGUGUCGUCCGCCGCGCAAUGGCAACAAACGGCCUCCAUAGCAACACCAGAGUUCAAGCACGAUCGCUGCCGCGGACACUAGAGUCCUCGAGGCUACAAGCUUCCAUGUCAGCAGCUCCCGACAAGAUGCCAUCCCCGGGAAUCGAUGGGGAAGAGGGUGCACCGCGAAAAGGGGGCCGACUCUCACGCAUCUCUGGGCGCGUACGGAAGAUAAUCCGCAGGGCUGUGAUGGGCUACCUCCCCGAGGAGGAGAUGUCCUACAAGCAGAGGGCAGAAGAGCAGGCAGCGGCGGCGGCGAAACUGCGCGGCGAGCCGGAGAUUGCUGAUGAGCGUCUGCGGGACGCCUCGAUCGCGGCCAAGACCGCAGCAAUCGAAGCCGUUGAGCAGUCGUUUGUGCAAGGGUCGUUUACGGGCAACGAGGGCGAGGAGGACGACUGGCUUGCCAGCAGCGACUUCGUGCAGCUCAACAUCGGUGACGAGAGUCCAAUGGAAAUUGAGGAUAAGCUAGCCAGCCUGCGGAACAGGCUCGAACAGGGCUUGCCGCCGGACACGGCUCAGGAGCAGGCGGAGAAGGGACACCGCGCGAUGGAACAGCAGAUGAGGCGGCAAUCAUCAUCGAGACCACCGAGCUUUGAUGGAGACACGGCGGUGGCGGAGAGGCCCUCUUCGAACCUCGACGCACGGCAGGCGAACAAGGGUGGCAUGAGACCACAGGCACCAAAAGAGGCUCCCAAGAUGGCUUCCGCUGAAGACGUUGAGCGGCUAAAGCGCAUGUUUGGCUCCAUGGGUGGAGAGCCCUUGCGCUAAACCAAAGCCUGUAUAACGAUAGCAGUAGCGGUGGGUUGACGAGAGUAGGUUUGGAAACGUCAGUGUAUGUCGGCGUUGGGAUGGCAGCAGGGCGUCAUCCAGCGUAUCUGUCCUAUUUGGAAGCGUCAUGAUGUUGUGUGGACACUUGUUGCGUUAGGACGGCAGUUCUUUUUGCCGCCCACAGUUACUCAUCUGGUGGCCGGAAUAACCACCUGCGAAGCACGUUGUACUUUGUUGUCAUGUUGGUGCAGUGCCCACCAUAUUUUUGUUGCAUAUAUGAUCGAGCAAAUUGGCGACAUGUAGUCAGCGGCAGGUAUCGAGAGAAACAAGAGCAGUCACGUAUGUUGUCUCGGGUGGUUUGGUCAUGGCAGUGGUACGGCGUGCGUUUUUCUCAGCGAUGUCGAGAGAGGGCGCCUUACCAAGCGGAGGCUGGCGACACUGCAGCUGUGUUCAAGUAGCACCUCUCAUCCGCAGCCGCAAUGGUGUAGUGGUUGCUACGUUUUGUGUUUUUGAAAACCGAGCGUAACUGAUCAAAUGAUUUUUGACGAUUGCAUCCAGUAACAGCAGCACCAAGGAAACACCCAAAUUAGAGAGAAACGAGAAAAUUGAGCGCACGUUUUCUCAGCUCUGCAGAUCGUAAACUUGUUUCGGGGAGAGGGGGGGGGUAUAUCGCAGGAGGAAGGAACUUGAAGGGGUCUCGGUUUUGACGUUACGCCGUCGAUUGCUUUUAGGGGCUGUAGUGACUCGAAUUUUGUAUCCGUUGUGGUGUCGUAUACAUAGACCGGGGUGCAUGUGCAUAAAUAGACUGAAGGGUUCAUUCCUCAUGGCUUGAAUUCCGCAGUAUCGGGGAGCAUUUGUUGGGGUUAUUAUGAGGAAGAGCUUGAUGCACUCACCAAAUGACAAAACAUGUUUUUUCGUCUCGUGGCGCAGCCCUAUGCUUGUGGUUGCACUCGUCCCCCUUUUUUUGGAUUCCAUCAGGGAGCAAAACACGAAACAGAAAAGCAGUGAAAUAAUCUGAAACACGUGCCCUGCAAGUGGACGAAGAACCUCGAAGCCGACAUCCAGCACGCCAGUCACCCGCACACUACAACAAAAAAGUGAGCGCCAGAUGAACUCACCGCGCCUAUUCUUGCAUCGAAAACAUACGGCAUGCGACUGUUCCGUUCGUACGCAUGGCUUACGGGGCGCCACGUGAACGCGCCCACAAGCAAACAUCGGCACUAACACUACAUCCAGGCAGGCUGCGA